AUGAAGAUUGAUUUAAUACCCAGAAUCACAGCUGAUAGUGGAUACUUCAUUAAAGUCAUUGUGGAAGAUCGUUUGUCUUCUGCACCUCCAUUUCUCAUAAAAAUUAAUUCACAGUCAACUGCUGGAGAACUAAAGAAACUGGUUUGUUUGAAGUAUAAUUUCCCUGUGCAAGUGCAACGAUUGAUUAUCUCACAAAAAAUUCCCAAAGACAGGGACGUAUUAUUCAAACAUGGUGUCAAGGAAGGAAGCACUGUAUACAUCUAUAUGGUGCCAGCUUACAAGUUGAACCUUGUCAAAGAACAGUUCCAGGAAGAACUUGCCCAGAUGCGUGUUUUUGUAGAUAGACCUUUACCAGAUGGAACUCUUCAGUCAAAGCCAUAUUUAUCAAUGGUCAACCUAGAUUUGUCACCCCUACCUGUUUCAGGUCCCAAAUCAGGGAUUGUUGCAGCUGGGUCAAGGCAGGUUUUCAGCUCGGGAACUGAGUCUGUAGGAGCUAGCCCUUUCCUGGCUCCAACUAAACCAGUGGAACAAGAAAAGAUUGGAUGGAGAUGCCCCUGUUGCACGUACAUCAAUCUGCCACACCGUCCAGGCUGUGAGAUGUGUGCAAGUAAUCGUCCCAGUGACUAUCAGAUUCCUGAGAAUUACGAGAUGAGCCCAAAAGAAAUUGAUUGGUGGAAGAUGGAAGAUGCUGCUCAUAAACAGCUUGAAGCAAAAAUGGAAAAAGACCGGGAACAAAAUCGGCAACUCUUAUUAGACACUGCCCAGUUGAGUCUUGUCCAUAACCCAGACGCCUUCUGUUGUCCAAUAUGCCUCGAUGAUAUAGCUGCAGGCGAAGGGGUUAUUUUGCAAGAAUGUUUACAUUCUUUCUGCAAAGAUUGUUUGGUGCAUUCAAUAUGUUUAAAUGAAUCAGGAGAUGCUCGAUGUCUUUAUCAAGAUGAUAAAUACCAGUGUAAUGCAAAGGUUCAAGAAAGUGUAAUCAAAGCGUUAGUUCCUGAUGAAGUCUAUCAGCGAUACUUGAAUAUUGGCUUGCGACUUGCAGAGUCUGCCAUUCCAAAUAGCUACCACUGCAAGACACCUAAUUGCCAAGGCUGGUGCAUCUAUGAGGAUGAUGUUAACUUUUUUGAAUGUCCUGUGUGCAAUCUGACAAAUUGUUUGACAUGCAAGGCCAUCCAUGAGGGCCUGAACUGUAAAGAGUUCCAGGCAGAACUUGAUAGAGCUUCUCUGAAUAACAGUGAAGCAAAACGUACAAAGAAAUUGCUCGAAGGGAUGUUGAAGACUGGAGAAGCUAUGAGGUGCCCCCGUUGUAAUGUCAUACUGAGCAAAAAAGAUGGCUGUGAUUGGCUGUGUUGUUCUAUCUGUAAACUUGAGAUAUGCUGGGCUACGAAAGGCCCACGUUGGGGACCUGCUGGUGCUGGUGACCUUAGUGGUGGAUGUAAAUGCAACGUUGAUCAAGUGAAAUGUCACCCUAAAUGCCUAAAUUGUCACUAA